GUGGAGAAGGCCGAGAGAAGUGAUAUUCCUAACAUCGACAAGAAAAAAUACCUUGUUCCAGCUGACCUGACUGUGGGACAGUUUGUGUAUGUGAUCCGGAAGAGAAUUAAACUGAGUGCUGAGAAAGCAAUCUUCAUAUUUGUGGACAACGUCCUUCCGCCUACAGGAUUUUUAACCAUUGAUAAUGUCUGAAGUUGGAGCAAACUCCCAAGCAAACUCUCAAGUACCUGUUGAUGGUUACCAUCAAUAUCGGUUGAGAGUGAGACCUCUCUACCAUCACAACCUCCCCUCCCAAAUCAAAAUGUCCUUGAUGUAGAUGAUUCUGUCUUAUAACACUUUCUUCAAACAUGUUUUUUUAUAUUUUAUUUUAUUUUUUC